AUGUCUAUGGCCUCUACGCCCGGCCAGCCUUCAGGCAGCCAAUACUCUGGCAAUUACCCCUCGCCCGCACUGCAGAACUCUUCCAAACCGACGCGAAUUCUGGCUUGCGUCCUAUGCCAACACCGAAAGAUCAAAUGCGACCGCUCGUUUCCCUGUGCCAACUGUGUCAAGGCCAAUGUUACAUGCACACCAAGCACCCCUGCUCCAGCUCGAAAGAGGCGGCGCCCCAACCAGGACCUACAGGAACGCUUGGCCCGUUGCGAGGAGCUUCUCAAAGCUUAUGCCACAGAAAAGCCGGGUGGAGAUGCCUCAUUUCUGAAUGGCCAUGGCUGCCAAUUGUUCGGGGAAGAGUCAUCUUUGAAGUGGAAGCCGCCUGGCAAGCUCAUCGUAGAGGACGAUGGCGGGGUUCGCUUUGUCGAUUCGUUCAUGCUUGGGGCCAUUCACGACGAGCUGCGGGCCAUGCGCGAGAUCAUCGACGACGAGGACAAUGACGAUACAACACCAGAGACUGUUGCAACGCCAGACGACAAUGCCAAUAUGGUUUUAGGCGCCAUGCACGCCACUAUCACCACGCAGCCAACUCUCGAGGAGCUUAUGCCCCCUCCGGCACUCAUAUUUCGGCUGUGGCAGAUCUACCUCGAACGCGUCAACCCACUCACCAAGAUCAUUCAUGUGCCUACCCUGCAGCCGUAUGUGGCCGAAGCCACGAGUGGCGGCCACAACGUUCCGCAGAAUAUCAAAACGCUACUAUUCUCCAUCUACACUCUGGCGACCGUUUCCAUGACGAAUGACGAAUGCCUCAACUUUCUUGGCUACUCGCGGCAGGCCGCUUUGGAACGCUUCUCCGAAGGUGUUCGCCAAUCCCUCAUACGCCUGGGCUUCCUCAAGGCCUACGAUAUUGAAACGCUGCAGGCGUUAGUCAUUUACCUAGGCCGGUACAACCGACAUGCCGCCUGGAUAUUAAACGGCGUUGUGCUCCGUAUCGCUCAGAAAAUGGGCUUGCAUCGCGACGGCGAGGUUCUUGGCCUGAGCCCAUUUGAUACGGAGAUCCGGAGACGCCUGUGGUGGCAGAUCAUCAUGGUCGACGCCAAAUACGCACUGAUGUCGGGUCUGAGUCACUCGAUGCUGCCCCAUCUUUGGGACACAAAGGAGCCCAGUAACGUGAACGACGCCGAUCUCCAUCUGGCUUCGACGGAGCCAGUGCAGAACCGUGAAGGGCCGACGGAGAUGAUCAUGGUGUUGCUCAUGAGCCGGGUUGCUCGGUUUCUUCUGCAAACGCCAGGCAUCGAGCCCAUGUUUCUCCUCGGCGAGACGGACUCGUUCAUGGACAUUGGCGGGCCGAGCCCGGAGCAAAUUGCGAUAUACCGGCAGAUGAUCACAAAUCUCGGCAACAGCCUUCUCGAGGUUAUCGAUAAGUACUGCGACCCCAGUGCUGGUCCUCUGCACGAAAUGGCCAUCGAUAUCAAAGCCGAUAUCCUAGACAAGAUCGAAACCUUGUUGCUUCCACCAGAGGAAAAAACGUUUACAGAUGAAGUCAAAACUCCAGCCGACACUGUCUUCAGGAUCAGUGUCAGGGCCAUCCAGCAUGAAAACAAGCAGCUUGUGAAGACCAGAGCCAAAGGGUUCUCCUGGUUUUCGCGGUUGGAUUUUCAAGUCAACAUCUUCCUGUUUGUCGUUGGACAACUGUGCUCGCGAACGUCCGGAAGGUUGGUCGAGAUGGCCUGGGAGGCUGUACAAGCAACAUACGAGAACUACGAACAGCUUCUUGACAUCACACAACGACCUCACUACCAGGCCGCCUUGUACGUGCUUAAGGCAUGGAAAGUACGAAGGGAAAUUCUGCGCAUUCGGUCGGGUGGAUUGACGGCAGAAACGCCGGAUUACAUCCUCAAGCUACAGUGUUCCAUGCCACCACAAGACGAUUCGAAGAGCGACCUGGCAUCGAUGCCCGCAUCCUCGGUUGUGGCGCACUCAGUCGACAUGUCAAGAUCGGUCGAAACACCCAAAAUAGAAACAGGCCCGGAUGCGACACUGGAUCAAUUUUUUGCUCAGCCAUAUAUAGAUUCGAACAUAGAUUGGGACAUGUGGGGGGCUAUUAUGCCGACCGAGGCCAAUGCGUCGGCAUUCGAUGGAUUUGGUUCGAUAGAUGUGCCACCAGGCACACAAUGGUGA